AUGGCGCCUUCGUCACAUACCUGGCAUAAGCUUGUCAACAACCUCCAGAUAUCCGCCGACUACUCAAUCCCCCCAGCCGGACUCCAAUGGCGCAGCAACACCCUGUUCAUCAUUGCCACUGUGGCCAUUGGCCUCUUUACCGACCUGUUUCUCUACGGCUUGAUCGUUCCUAUCCUCCCCUUCAUGCUCGAUGAUCGCCUGGGCAUCCCUGCAUCAGACGUCCAGCCCUACGUUUCCGGCUUGCUUACCGCCUAUGCUGCUGCCAGUGUGCUCUUUAGUCCAGUGGCCGGCGUGUUGGCCGACCGCGUGAGCACCCGCCAGGCUCCAUUCCUGUUGGGUCUCUUGAGCCUGCUCGCUGCAACUUUGCUGCUGUUCUUCGGAAACAGUAUGGCUGUACUUGUUAUUGCUCGCGUCCUGCAAGGUGUGGCUGCUGCAGUGGUAUGGACCAUCGGCUUGGCAUUAUGCCUGGAAACCGUUGGCUCCGAGAACUUGGGCAAGACCGUUGGAUCUAUCUUUAGCUUCAUUUCCGUGGGCAAUCUGGUGGCCCCGGUCUUGGGCGGAGUGCUCUACGAAAAAGCCGGCUAUCCGGGUGUCUUUGGCAUUGGCUUCGCAAUCCUGGCAAUCGAUUUCAUCAUGCGCUUGCUAGUCAUCGAGAAGAAGGUCGCAGCACGCUAUGAGAACAAUGAUCCGACCCAAGGCGAUCUGCAACAGGAUCUUCAACACGAAAGAACCGGUCAAGAUGGACCCAACGAGGAGCACGGCGAUACCGAAGAGACUCCACUCCUUUCCAACAAAAAAGAACAGGACUACUACAAGAUCUCUCCAGACCAGCCCGCUAUUGCCCAGAGAUUCAAAUUGCUGCCUUGUCUCAAACAUCCCGGCCUAGUCACUGCCUUCUUCGUUGCCGGCGUCCAAGCAUUUCUCCUCGGUGCUUUUGACGCGACCGUCCCAACCGUAGCGGAGCAGUACUACACCUUCUCCUCGCUCAAAUCCGGCCUCCUCUUCCUCCCCCUCGGCGUCUCCGACUUCCUCCUCGGCCCGCUCUUCGGCUGGGCCGUCGACCGCGCCGGCACCAAGCCCGUCGCCACCUUCGCCUACCUCUACCUCGUCCCCGUCCUCAUCCUCCUCCGCCUCCCCAAACCGUGCCCCUCCUCCCCCUCCUCGCUCGCCCUCCUCGCCUCCAUCAACCCCCACGAGCCGCCCUCCUCGUCCGCCCUCAAAGCCCUCGCCGCGUGCAGCGAACCCACCAAGCAAAUCGCCAUCUGGUCCGCCCUCCUCUUCCUCGCCGGCGUCGGCCUCGCCGGCACCAGCGCCCCCAGCAUCGUCGAGGCCGGCGCCAUCGUGAAGCGGUUCCACGAAGCGAACCCCGAGUUCUUCGGAAAGGACGGCCCCUACGCGCAGCUGUAUGGCUUGAGCAGCAUGGUCUUUAGCGCUGGCUUGACCGUCGGCCCGCUGGUGGCAGGCGCUCUGAAGGAGAAGGUCGGCUAUGGCGAUAUGAAUGCCGUCGUCGCGGCGAUUUCGGGCCUCACGGGUGUGGCGGCGUUUGUGUGGAUUGGCGGACGGGUUAGGUGGAGAGAUUUGAAGAGGGUGGGGGAGAGGGGGUGGUGGAGGGGUUCUUGA